AUGAGCCUGGAGUUUAUUCUAACUGUUCCAGCAAUGUGGCCCGACAAAGCCAAGAUGACCACACUUCACUGUGCAGAGAAAGCAGGCUUCGGUGGAAAUGGCACAAUACGUCUGAUCUCCGAGCCCGAAGCCGCUGCAAUGCAUGCGUUGAAUGUGUCCAAUCCUCAUGGAUUAGAAGUUGGCGAUACUGUUGUUCUCUGCGAUGCGGGAGGUGGUACUGUUGAUCUCAUAACAUUCUCAAUCGUUGAACGGGAGCCUAAUCUGCGUCUUAAAGAAGAAGCUUCCGGAGAUGGUUCACUCUGUGGUAGUACUUUCUUGAAUAGGCUGUUUGAAAGGUUCCUAGAGAGCCGGUUAUCCUCAGUCCCGGGAUGGGGUCGUGAUACACUAGACGAAGCAAUGCAGCGCUUCGAGAUGGUCAUAAAGAGAACUUUCUGUGGAGAUGUAACCCAGGAUUCUAUGAUACCUGUUCCCGGAAUUGCAGAUGACAGCGCUGCCCAUAUUCACCGAGGUCGACUCAGGGUUAGCGGACAGGAGAUGGCUGACCUGUUCAAACCAAUUUUGGAAGAAAUUCAUCAUUUUGUGGAUAACCAAGUGAAGACAUCCAAGAAAAGGGUGAAGGCAUUAUUCUUGGUUGGGGGAUUUGGACAAAGUCCGUACCUUCGUAGGUACCUUCGCGAUGCUCUUCCUCAAGACAUGGAAGUACUGGCUCCAGUUGAUGGGUGGACUGCAGUUGUUAGGGGCGCUUUAAUGAAGUCUCUCGGGGAGAUAUCUCCGUUGGCGACCAAAGCCUUAGUUGAGUCACGGGUAGCCAGAAAACAUUAUGGCAUGAUCUAUCAGACGAAGUAUGAGAAAGAUAUUCAUGACCGCAAGAAAAGAUACUGGAGUGAUUUCCAUCGACAUUAUCGCAUUCAAGUUAUGGAAUGGUUUAUUCAGAAGGGAGAUGAGAUCAAAGAAGCUGAGCCAAUUAAGACCACCUGGCAUCAACACCGACUGCUUAGCGAUGGGAACUUUGACUCCAUACAUGUUACCCUCUAUGAGCUGGAUACCCCUGUCGAAAAGAAACCACCUUUGUACUUCGAUCGCCGUAUAAAGAAACACGCCGUUCUAAAUCCAAAUCUUGAUGCAAUUGAAAAGGCCCGCAUCCCGGUACGUCUUGGCCAAGAUGAUGAAGAACAUUACGAAGUUCAUUUUCAAAUACAUGCAACUUAUUUCUCCGCCCAUUGUGAAUAUGCCCUUUGGUAUGAGGGUAAGGACCAUGGAAGUGUGCGGGUCGACUACGCUUGA